AUGCAUAUCAAGUCGAUUCCCAUGUGGACGGGCAGUAGUGACAACUACGCCUACCUCGUUGUUGACGACAAAUCCAAAGAUGCCGUCAUCAUCGAUCCCGCGAACCCUGAGGAGGUCGCUCCAGUCCUGAAGAAGGCCAUCGACGAUGGUUCCAUCAAGCUCACAGCUAUUGUGAACACCCAUCACCAUUGGGACCACGCCGGCGGUAACACCAAGCUCCGCACCGCCCUCGGCCUCCCCAAUCUCGAAAUUAUCGGCGGCAGAGACUGCGAGAAGGUGAACAAGACCCCAGCCCACGGCGAAGGUUUCAACAUCGGCAGCAUCGCCGUCAAGGCUCUGCAUACGCCGUGCCACACCCAGGAUAGCAUAUGCUGGUUUAUGGAGGAUGGGGAUGACAAGGUUGUGUUUACUGGGGAUACGCUUUUCCAUGGAGGAUGCGGUCGCUUCUUCGAAGGAAAUGGUGCGGAGAUGCACAAGGCUUUGAACGAGACGCUUGCUGCUUUGCCGGAUGAGACUCGUGUUUUCCCCGGUCACGAAUACACCAAAUCCAACGUCAAGUUCUGCAUGUCAGUAUUGCAGAGCGAGGCCGUCAAGGCUCUUAGCGCUUUCGCGGACAAGAACCAGGAGACGCAGGGCAAGUUCACCAUUGGUGACGAGAAGAAGCACAAUGUGUUUAUGAGGCCUCAGGACCCUGUGAUCCAGAAGGCGACGGGAGAGACCGAUCCGGUCGCUAUCAUGACCAAGUUGAGGGAGAUGAAGAACAGCUUCAAGUGA